AUGUCCUAUUACGAGAACGCGCAGUGGCCUGCCGGCCAAGCCCAGCAGCAGCAGAACAACUGGGACCACCAGAGGACCGCCACCCCCGUCCGCACUGGUGCCAGCGCUCCUCAGCCUCAGGAUGAAUAUGCCUUCUCUUACCAGUUUGAUGAUGGAGAUGACCCGAAUCGCACUUCAAUUCCCAGCAUCGCUAACCUGUCUGCAGAGGUCGAUCGCGCCCAUGAGAACCUUCAAAAGUCUGGCAAGGGCUACGCCAUGGGCGGACGCCGUCGUCCCCCUCACAGCCAGGGCUCCCGAUCCCACUCGGUCAACAACUUUGAAGAGCCCCGCGGCCCUCCUGGCCCCAACCUGCAAAACUUCUAUGCCGCACAGAGGCACCACCAGCCGUCUCGCGGCUCCAACGAUGCCGAGCAGGUGAUGCAGGCCAAGAGACGCAUGGCCGCCCAGCGCGAACGCGAACUCCGAAACCUCCACACCGAGCAGCAAUACCAAAGAAAGAGCAAAUACCCCAAAAUAGAACAGCACUGGCCACGGAGUGGUACCACCCCUGAUACGCACCCUUUCCGCUGCGUUGGUCCAAGUCGCUUUCUGUCACGGCUUGCUUCUCAAGCGUGCCCGCUGAACCCAGGGGCCGGCGCCUCUGUUAGUUCUGAUACCUCUCACAACUCUGCCGGCAACAACCAGAAUAACGCCAAUGUCAACGCCAAGGUCAAUGCCAACGCCAGCACUAAUGCUGCCAACAACAGCAAGCACAUGUCCGAGGAGGAGACUCGCGAGCUGAUUGCUCGCCAGCGCAGUGCUCUCUACGGCGAGGGUCCGUUCGCCGACAAGUCUAGCUACGUCGAUGAGAGCGGCAACAUUCGCAAGGGAGCCCCCGGCCCCAGCAGUGCCUCCAGCCUCCGCGGUGCUUCUCCUAUGGGCUUUGAUACCAUUGGCCGCCCUCCUGCUGAUGCUGGUACUCCCGCCUCGGCCAAGGAGCAUGGCCACGGCCAGAGCGAGUUGAGCCCUCGUCCCAAUAGCACCACCAGCCCGCAAAGCGCAGCCCCAAACAACAAGGUCUUUGACAAUGCGGUCGGUGCUCAGAGCCGCACUAGCACCUCCAGCCCUACCGGCGCCUCUCCUCCUCGCGAUUUGGCCCCUGGAUCCAAGCCUGGCCAGCAAGGUGCUGUCGCCCCCAUUGGUACUCGCCCGGUCGGCACCCCUACCACUGGUGCUCAGACCAAGCGUUCCACCACUCCCCAUGCCACUUCUUCGGGCGGUUGGAGUCGCGGCAACGGUGUCUGGGGUCAGAGCUCCUCUGGUCUUGGUGCCCAGGCCAGCGUUUGGGGCUAA